UGUGGCCUUUAUGUGAGAAAUCUGUUUGUUGUUCUUAGACCAUAGUUGACAUCAGCGUUUUAGGGUUACUUUGAUGAUGGUUUAGGAAUUGACCACAUCUCUUAACUCUGUAUGCCACGGAUCCUGCUUAGGGUCUUGGCAUGUAGCUUGGUGAAAUCCCAAAGGACAAAUCAAUUCUUGGAAUCUUAAAUUAGGAGGUGAAAUAAUUUGAGAAGAUGUAUAGCCAAAAGCAGGCCAGACCAGAUCAACUGCUUCACCAUCAAUGUGAGUUUGAAGCCGUGAAGCGAGACGGUUUAAUGAGUAGCUUUAAUGUUGCAGGAACUUUGUCACUUCAAUUCAUAGCCAAGAAGAUCAUCAAAUCCAAGUUUAGGUUUGACUCUAGAAAUUGUGUCUCGGGAUGGUCGACAUUUCUCAUUGAUAACACUAACAGCAGUAGUGGAUCAAUGGAUUUUGUUGUGCCUCCAGCUGAUUCUUUAGCUUCUUUUUCCCAAUUGCUCUGUCUGGUUUUCAGCUACCAUUACAUACAGUGACCAAAGAUUUGCUUUACGUUGCAAUUUGUUUUUGUGUAAUUGUUUCCAUGAAUAAUAUUACAAUAAUGCUAGAAGUAUAAGAAAAUUUUAUAAAAAUUAAUGUACAAAGUGAUAUGACAAUAAAUAAAUGAAAUAGUGAAUAUGAUGGGUUUGACUUUUUGUAUUCACUUUUUUAUUCAUUUACUGCUAAAUUAUUUUGUAUAUAAAUCUUUAUAAGAUUGUUUUGUACCUCUAGUAUUACCUUUUUAUGUUUGCAUCUGUGUUUGUGGUUUCAAUCUUGUGGUAACAUAGACCUUCACGAAGUUUUUGGUUAAUUAUAUUUGC